AUGAAAAGGGCUAUCUCGGUGGGAUCAUUAGAGGGAAGAGGUGUGAUAGAACUCGAAAACGCGAUUCUACUAAAUCCUUCUUUAUUUCCUAGAAAAGUUGCAUCAUAUGAAGAAGAUUCACCAAUUGAUCACGAGUGUGGGAAAUUUUCACCAAAUAUAAUAAGAAGUAAAGUUCUUAGUAGCAUAAAAGUUGUAGUCCUUUCAACCAAGAUAAACUUGCUUAUGCCUUUUGGUCCUAUGGCCAUUUUGGUAGAUAGAUUGUUCCAUAGUCAUGGUUGGGUUUUUGUGUUCAGCUUAUUAGGUAUUAUACCCUUGGCCGAGCGUUUGGGCUAUACAACCGAGCAGCUAGCCCUCUUUACUGGACCGGCAGUUGGUGGUUUAUUAUAUGCAACAUUUGGAAAUGCAACAGAGUUAAUCAUAUCAAUUCACGCACUCAAAAGUGGUUUGAUUCGUCUUGUUCAACAAUCGCUACUAGGCUCGAUUCUGUCUAACCUGUUGCUACAGAAAUUGACGUUAACUUAUCAUCAGGCAGAUACUAGUGUGGAUUUCGGAUUACUAUUGAUGGCGGUGAUGGGACUGUUAUUUCCAGCAGUUCUCCAUGCUACACAAACAGAAUUAGAAUAUGGGAAAUCUCAGUUAUCUCUUUCAAGAUUUACCAGUUGCAUUAUGCUUGUGGCAUAUGCUUCAUAUAUAGUGUUUCAAUUCAAGAGUCAGAAGAAUUUGGAACUUCCAGUUUACGAGGACAAGAGUUUCGACGAAGAUGCUUCGAAUGAUGCUGAAGCUCCUGAGAUUUCGAUGUGGGAAUCAAUGAUAUGGAUUUCGAUCUUAACAGGAGGUAUAUCUAUCUUGUCAGAAUACUUGGUUAAAACCAUAGAGGGGGCAUCAAAAGAGUUUCAAAUGCCUGUGUCAUUUCUUAGUGUUAUUCUUCUUCCAGUAGUAGGGAAUGCUGCAGAACAUGUUGGAUCUGUUAUGUUUGCUAUCAAAGACAAACUUGAUAUAUCGCUGGCCGUAGCUGUUGGAUCUUCAAUACAAAUAUCAAUGUUUAUGAUUCCAUUUUGCGUGGUUGUUGGAUGGAUAAUUGGAUGCCCUAUGGACUUAAAUUUUCUGCCAUUUGAAACAACUUCUCUUUUCAUGUCAGUUAUCAUAGUUGCCUUCAUGUUGCAAAAUGGAACUUCAAACUACUUCAAAGGAAUAGUGCUCAUUCUUUGCUAUUUGAUAGUUUCUGCAAGUUAUUUUGAACAUAUUGAUCCUAUGUCAGUUGGUGAGUUAUGA